AUGUCUGCUGCCGUCGCGUCGAGAACGUCGCCAGCCACCAUAUCCUCGCCCAUGGACUCGAAAAAAUCUGCUGUCAAAUCUGAAGACGCUUCAGCCGACGCAAAAGACCAGAAACCCUCUGCUGAUGCAGAAUCGCUCCCCCCGCCGCCUCGUCCUGCCGCCUCCGGUUCUGGCGAGACCCCGGACUACUUCAACUCCCUCCACAAUCCAUUCUCCCUCGAGCCCAACCCGUUCGAGCAAUCUUUCGGCAACCCAGCAACCGAGACUCCGGGCAAGUCUCUGCUGCCUCCGGUCGCCUCGAUCGCCUCGCCUGCUCUGCCCGGCGCCAGUUCUGCCAAUUACAACUGGCCGAACUCGUUGCGAUCAGGACCGCUGAGCCCUGCAAUGCUGGCUGGCCCAACUGGCUCGGAUUAUUUUGAUAACAUCGGACGCGGCUUCCCCACCCCCAACGAGUCUUCGCUGCGAACCGGCUUGACGCCUGGUGGCGGAGGCUCCAUGUUUCCUGCCCCCAGUCCCAACACCCAGUCGCUUCUCAACCAACUCCAAGGCGGCGGCGCGACUCCCUCCACCCUUGAGUUCCACCGCACAGCUCUCAACGCAGCCAAGCGCAGCGCUUUCAAUGUGCCCACCUCGAAUCCGACCAGCGAGCCUGAACAGUUGGUUGCCACCACCAUGGACACCAAAAAUUCGCACCCCGCUGCUGCCGAUCCAUUCACCCAUCACGAUGCUGCCGACGCCGCCAACGGUCUCUUCAUGCUUGCCAAAGGUGGCCAGGCAAAUAUGCCCAAUCAGAACGCCCCAAACCAGCCCUCCGAACCCGUCGCGGAUACUAAGCGCACACGAAAUGCUAAUAACUCGAUCAGCAGUGGUCGCGAGAUGACUGCAGACGGAUCCGAUACCCAGGGUGAACAGUCGAAGCCAGCUGCCAGGGGUAAAGGAAAGAAGAACCAGCCUGGCAAAGGGGCAGCUUCAGUAAACGGACGCCGCAAGGCCGACGAACCGGCCAAGGGCCCUAAUAAAAGGGUUAAGACUAAUGGUCCUAUUGAGAUGACCCCGGAGGAUGAUUCUGAUAUGGAUGAUACGAAAGAUGAUUAUGGCGGGAAGGACCCGAAGAAAAUGACCGAUGAAGAGAAGCGGAAGAAUUUCCUCGAAAGAAAUAGGGUUGCCGCCCUCAAAUGUCGCCAACGGAAGAAACAAUGGCUCGCCAACUUGCAAGCCAAAGUCGAAAUGUUUACAACCGAGAACGAUGCGCUCACUGCGACAGUCACACAGCUCCGUGAAGAGAUUGUCAAUCUCAAGACACUUUUACUUGCGCAUAAGGACUGUCCUGUCUCCCAGGCUCAGGGCCUCGGUCCUUUGAUCAUGAACGGCAUGUCAGCCGGCUUCGACCCCCAUCCCUACAGUAUGGCAAAUAAUAUGGCCAUGCAACCUGGUGGUCCAAUGCCUGCCCAAGCCAUUCGCCGAUAG